AUGAGAGUUAUUCAUUUGGUGGUAGUGGUCGUGGUAGAAGAAAAAGAACUUUGCUGCGACUCCGACAUUAUAAAUAAAAAAAUUAUAAUUUCAAAGAUACAUCAAACUGAACGUCAUCCAAGAUAUUGGAAAAUAUUAACUCAUUUUUUCGAUUAUCUAAAUAUGCAUGUACAAAAUCUUGAUGGAAGACCAGGUAGAGUACGUAUUCAAGCUGGAGGAUCCCCUGAUGAGGAUAAUGAUCUUGCACCACACCAAGAUGCAAACUUCAGUAGAUCAUUUGGUGGAGUACUAAUAUUUACAACUGAAAAGAAACAAAACAAAAAGAUGCUACGAGAGAGGUAUUUAAAAUUGGAGAAGGAGGGUUGUACCGCUCAAUUGAUCGUUUAUGUAUUUGAUCCACGUCGUACGAUUAUCCGAUCCUAA